UCCUAAUAUGGGCGGUCCGAUGAGGAUGAAUCCACCUCGGGGGAUGGGCGGCAUGGGCCCACAGAACUAUGGCGGUGGCAUGAGACCCCCUCCCAACUCCAUGGGUCCAGGAAUGCCCGGGAUGAACAUGGGCCCUGGAGGGAGAGGACCCUGGCCCAACCCCAACGCCAACUCAAUAGCCUAUUCAUCUUCAUCUCCUGGCAACUAUGUGGGCCCCCCUGGGGGAGGUGGUCCUCCAGGAACUCCCAUCAUGCCUAGCCCCGGAGACUCUACGAACUCGAGUGAAAACAUUUACACGAUGAUGAACCCUAUAGGCCCCGGGGGCAACCGACCGAACUUCCCGAUGGGACCCGGUCCUGACGGGCCGAUGGGUGGGAUGGGCUCCAUGGAGCAGCACCAUAUGAACGGAUCACUAGGGUCAGGUGACAUGGAUGGGUUGCCAAAGAAUUCCCCCAACAACAUGGCCGGGAUGAACAAUCCGCCCGGAACCCCGCGUGACGACGGAGAGAUGGCAGGCAACUUUUUAAACCCAUUCCAAAGUGAAAGUCCCCUGGGAAUGGCCCUGGAAGGCAGGACUCCCCUCAAGGGGCCCCACCACAAUGCCUGCAAAAUGGGGGUGAGAACAUGAAACGGCCUCCAAGCAGCAGGGAGGGUCUCUGGGUCCGGAGUCUACCCGCCGGAGAGGCCUCAACAUCGGGGCACCUCCCGGCCCGCUCCCCUGGCUCCUGUCCCUUCCGUUCCUCGGCCCGUCUCGCUGGGCGGCUUCAACGGCCCGUAUCAAGGGGGUGUCCUGAGGCCACC